AUGCCGGGGCACCUGUCUGAGGCCGUGUUUGCUUUUUCCUUCGCAGUACUGGCCUCGCGUCGCGUCUGUGUCUUCCCCAGGCUCGACCAGCGCUUCGCCGCCGCCUCCGCCUUGGUGAACGUCGCACCGCCCGCCCGGCCCUACGCUGCGGCAGCGAAAACUGCAAAAAGAGGUUCACAAAAGACCAAGCAGGAAGAAACAAAAAAGAAACAAGUAACUCGGAGGCGGCCGCUGAUGAGCAAGCCUGUGGAUGAUGUAUAUUUGACGUGGUAUUAUGAGAGGCCAUCCUAUGAUGUGGAAGAGGCUGUGGGUAUGCUAAAGAAAUUUCAGGAACUGGACUUCACUUACCCCAAACAAUAUGUCUACAUUAACGUAUUCCUAGAUAUGGCACUACAGAAGAAGAAAAAAGUGGAUCCAUUUGCAAGCACUGUUGUUCUUCCAUAUCGCUUUACAGAUGAAACGAAUAAGGUCUUGGUUUUCACAGAGAAUGAGCAAGAAGCUGAAAUAGCUCGAGAGAAUGGAGCUGCUGUUGUGGGAGGACUUGAAUUAAUCAAAUGGAUUUUGGAAGAUGAAAUCCAAGCGGAUUUCUAUGUAGCUGUCCCUGCAAUAAUGCCUAAGCUAAUACCGUUAAGGAACAAACUAAGACGAAAAUACCCAAGCACGAAAAGAAAUUCCCUGGGCCAUGAUAUUCCCAAAAUGUUGCAACUCUUCCGAGAAUGUCUUGAGUACAUGGUACAAGAUGAGCGUGUAAUCAAGACACGAAUAGCAAGACUGGAUAUGCCUACUGAGCAGAUAAUUGCCAAUCUAAAAACAGUUAUCCAUGACAUCUGUACAUUCAAGCCAUCAACUUACGGUCCUUUUGUGCAGAAGUUGGUUAUUAGAUCUUCAACCAGUGAAGGUUUGCUGUUGAACCUUGAUGGACUUCUACCUCAGGUGGAGAAAGUAGAAGAAGAAAAAAAUGAAGACAAUGAAGAGAAUGACCAAGAACCU